GCCCCCUCCCCCUUCCUCCAAGUGCCGUUUCGGUUUAAUCUAGUGUGUGACUGAGUCUGAGAGAGCGAGGGAGUGUGUGAGGUACUGAGGUGAGGCGGAGGCAAGAAAAAGGGGCUCCCUCAGGAGCGAGGAACAAAGGGGGCGUGAGGCAUCUAGGCCGCGGGACCCCAGCGACAGGAAGCCGCCCUGAGCCGGGCUACCGGGUAGGGGAAGGGCCCGCGCAGUCCUCACAGGGCCCCAGAAACGGAGUCGGCCCCACAGCUCCGGGUCGUCGUCUUCCUACUUCCUCGACCUCCCCGGCGCUCGGGCCUGAGGAUUGGCUCGGCGGGGGGAGGAGGGGAAACUGACCUAAGCAGCUACCCGUUGUCUCGCAACUCCACUGCUGAGAAACUCUCAUUUCUUCCCUGGCUUCUCUCCCCCCCACCUCAUGUAGGAGGGGGCUGAGGAGCCGGGAGGGAGGAGGAGCCUGGGCUACCGUCCCUUCCCUCCCCACCCCCUUCUAGGGGCGCUUUGGUAGGCGUGGGGUUGGGGGGGUGGGUGGGGGUUACUUUUUGGAGUGCUGGGGAACUUUUUCCCCUUUUUGAGGCCAGAGGAAAGGGAAUGCCCAAUCCAGAGAGACAUGGGGGCAAGAAGGACGCGGGUGGAGGAGCUUCUGGAACUUUGCAGCCGUCAUCGGGAGGUGGCAGCUCCAACAGUAGAGAGCGUCACCGCUUGGUGUCGAAGCAUAAACGGCAUAAGUCGAAGCACUCCAAAGACAUGGGGUUGGUGACCCCCGAAGCAGCACCUUUGGGUACAAUAAUCAAACCUUUGGUGGAGUAUGAUGAUAUCAGCUCUGAUUCAGAUACAUUCUCUGACGACAUGGCCUUCAAACUAGACCGGAGGGAGAAUGAUGAGCGUCGUGGAACUGAUCGGAGUGACCGCCUGCACAAACAUCGCCACCACCAGCACAGACGUUCCCGGGACUUACUAAAAACUAAACAGACUGAAAAAGAAAGAAACCAGGAAGUCUCUAGCAAGUCAGGAUCGAUAAAGGAACGGAUAUCAGGAAGUUCAAAGCGUUCAAAUGAGGAAAAUGACGACUAUGGGAAAGGACAGAUAGCCAAAAGCAGCAGCAACAAGGAAUCCAGGUCAUCCAAACUCCAUAAGGAGAAGACCCGGAAAGAACGAGAGUUGAAGUCUGGGCACAAAGACCGGAGUAAAAGUCAUCGGAAAAGGGAAACACCCAAAAGUUACAAAACAGUGGACAGCCCAAAACGGAGAUCCAGGAGUCCCCACAGGAAAUGGUCUGACAGCCCCAAGCAAGAUGAUAGCCCCUCAGGAGCUUCUUACGGCCAAGAUUAUGACCUUAGCCCUCCAAGAUCUCACACCUCUAGCAAUUAUGACUCCUACAAGAAGAGUCCUGGAAGUACCUCAAGAAGGCAGUCAAUUAGCCCCCCUUACAAGGAGCCUUCAGCCUACCAGUCCGGCACGCGGUCACCCAGUCCGUACAGUAGACGACAAAGGUCUGUGAGUCCCUAUGGCCGGAGACGUUCAUCUAGCUAUGAAAGGAGUGGCUCUUACAGUGGGAGAUCACCCAGUCCCUAUGGUCGAAGGCGGUCCAGCAGCCCUUUCAUGAGCAAACGGUCUCUGAGUCGCAGUCCACUCCCCAGUAGGAAAUCCAUGAAGUCUAGAAGUAGAAGUCCCACAUACUCAAGACACUCAUCUUCUCAUAAUAAAAAGAAGAGAUCCGGAUCACGCAGUCGACAUUCCAGUAUCUCACCUGUCAGGCUUCCAUUGAAUUCCAGCUUGGGAGCUGAACUCAGUAGGAAAAAGAAGGAAAGAGCUGCAGCUGCUGCCGCAGCAAAAAUGGAUGGAAAAGAAUCCAAGGGUUCACCUAUAUUUUUGCCUAGAAAAGAGAACAGUUCAGUAGAGGCUAAGGAUUCAGGCUUGGAAUCUAAAAAGUUACCCAGAAGUGUAAAAUUGGAAAAAUCUGCCCCAGAUACUGAACUGGUGAAUGUAACACAUCUAAACAUAGAAGUCAAAAAUUCUUUAGAUACAGGAAAAGUAAAAUCGAAUGAAAACUCUGAGAAGCAUCCUGUUCUUAAAGAUUUGAAAGUACAGGGAGCAAGAGACUCUAAGCCCGUAUCAUUGAAAGAGGAGAUUGUUACUUCAAAAGACACAGAGACAUCAGAAAGGGAGACCCUUCCACCUCUACCCACAGUUACUUCUCCUCCACCUCCUUUACCAACUACUACCCCUCCACCUCAGACACCCCCUUUGCCACCUUUGCCUCCACUACCAGCUAUUUCACAGCAACCACCUCUGCCUCCUCCCCAACCAGCAUUUAGUCAGGUUGUUCCUUCUAGUACUUCAACUUUGCCCCCUUCUACUCACGCAAGGACAUCUACUCUGUCCUCUCAGGCAAAUUCUCAGCCCCCUGUACAGGUUUCUGUGAAGACUCAAGUAUCGGUAACUGCUGCUAUUCCACACCUAAAAACUUCAACGUUACCUCCUCUGCCCCUCCCACCCUUAUUACCAGGAGAUGAUGACAUGGACAGUCCAAAAGAAAGUCUACCUUCAAAACCUGUAAAGAAAGAGAAGGAACAAAGGCCACGUCACCUACUCACAGACCUCCCCCUCCCUCCAGAGCUUCCUGGUGGGGAUCCAUCUCCCCCAGACUCUCCAGAACCAAAGGCAAUCACACCACCUCAGCAACCAUAUAAGAAGAGACCAAAAAUUUGUUGUCCUCGUUAUGGAGAAAGAAGACAAACAGAAAGUGACUGGGGAAAACGCUGUGUGGACAAGUUUGACAUUAUUGGAAUUAUUGGAGAGGGAACCUAUGGCCAAGUAUAUAAAGCUAAGGACAAAGACACAGGAGAGCUUGUGGCCCUGAAGAAGGUGAGAUUAGAUAAUGAGAAAGAGGGCUUCCCAAUCACAGCCAUUCGUGAGAUCAAAAUCCUUCGUCAGCUAAUCCACCGAAGUGUUGUUAAUAUGAAGGAGAUUGUCACAGAUAAACAAGAUGCACUGGAUUUCAAGAAGGACAAAGGUGCCUUUUACCUUGUAUUUGAGUAUAUGGACCAUGACUUAAUGGGACUGCUAGAAUCUGGUUUGGUGCACUUUUCCGAGGACCAUAUCAAGUCAUUCAUGAAACAGUUAAUGGAAGGAUUGGAUUACUGUCACAAAAAGAAUUUCCUGCAUCGGGAUAUUAAGUGUUCCAACAUUUUGCUGAACAACAGUGGGCAAAUCAAACUAGCAGAUUUUGGACUUGCUCGGCUCUAUAACUCUGAAGAGAGUCGCCCUUAUACAAACAAAGUCAUUACUCUGUGGUACCGACCUCCAGAACUUCUGCUGGGAGAGGAGCGUUAUACACCAGCCAUAGAUGUUUGGAGCUGUGGAUGCAUCCUUGGGGAGCUGUUCACAAAGAAGCCUAUUUUUCAAGCCAAUCUGGAACUGGCUCAGCUAGAACUGAUCAGUCGACUCUGUGGUAGCCCUUGUCCAGCUGUGUGGCCUGAUGUUAUCAAGCUGCCCUACUUCAAUACCAUGAAACCCAAGAAGCAAUAUAGAAGGCGUCUACGGGAAGAAUUCUCUUUCAUUCCUUCAGCAGCACUUGAUUUACUGGACCACAUGCUGACACUAGAUCCUAGCAAACGUUGCACAGCUGAGCAGACUCUACAGAGUGACUUCCUUAAAGAUGUUGAGCUCAGCAAAAUGGAUCCUCCAGACCUCCCGCACUGGCAGGAUUGCCAUGAAUUAUGGAGUAAGAAACGGCGACGGCAGCGACAAAGUGGUGUUGUGGUAGAAGAGCCACCACCAUCCAAAGCCUCUCGAAAAGAAACUACCUCAGGGACAAGUGCUGAGCCUGUGAAGAAUAGCAGCCCAGCACCACCUCAGCCAGCACCUGGCAAGGUGGAGCCUGGGGCUGGGGAUGCAGUAGGUCUUGGUGACAUCACACAGCAGCUGAAUCAAAGUGAAUUGGCAGUGUUACUGAACCUGCUGCAGAGCCAAACUGACCUGAGCAUUCCUCAGAUGGCACAGCUACUUAAUAUCCACUCCAACCCAGAGAUACAACAACAACUGGAGGCCCUGAACCAAUCCAUCAGUGCCCUAACAGAAGCCACUUCCCAGCAGCAGGACUCAGAGCCCAUGGCCCCAGAGGAGUCUUUAAAGGAAGCACCUCCGGCCUUAGUGGUCCAGCUUUCAGCAGAACAGACAACCCCUGAAAUUUCAAGCACACCAGCUGACAUGCAGAAUAUGUUGGCAGUUCUUUUGAGUCAGCUGAUGAAAACCCAGGAGCCAGCAGGCAGCCUGGAGGAAAACAACAGUGACAAGAACAGUGGGCCACAGGGGCACCGAAGAACUCCAACAAUGCCACAGGAGGAGGCAGCAGCAUGUCCUCCUCACAUUCUUCCACCAGAGAAGAGGCCCCCUGAGCCCCCCGGACCUCCACCGCCGCCACCUCCACCCCCUCUGGUUGAAGGCGAUCUUUCCAGCGCCCCCCAGGAGUUGAACCCAGCCGUGACAGCCGCCUUGCUGCAACUUUUAUCCCAGCCUGAAGCAGAGCCUCCUGGCCACCUGCCACAUGAGCACCAGGCCUUGAGACCAAUGGAAUACUCCACCCGACCCCAUCCCAACAGGACUUACGGAAACACUGAUGGGCCUGAAACAGGGUUCAGUGCCACUGACACUGAUGAACGCAACUCUGGUCCAGCCUUGACAGAAUCCUUGACCCAGACCCUGGUGAAGAACAGGACCUUCUCAGGCUCUGUGAGCCACCUUGGGGAGUCCAGCAGUUACCAGGGCACAGGAUGUCAGCAGCAACAGGAAUGACUGCCUUGAGGAAUUCAGUGAUGUCCAUCAGUCACGUGGCAUCUGGGGCCCUGACAAACUCAGUCUCUUUGAUACACUCUGAAGGAAGGUUUGAUGGGAGACCCCUGUACAAACACUACAUGAGACACCAGCAUUAGAGGCCUACCAGCCUGCUUCUCUGUAUCCUCAGUGCCCAGAACUGGGCUGGUCACCAGCCUCUGGUGCCCACCCCCACCCCUCUUGCUGCCAGAUGUGGAAAUGGAGACUCAGAGAAGGGAAAUCAAUUGAAUACUGCCCUGGAGUUGCUUUAUGUUCCUGGAUUUGGAGAGUUUUGGGAACACAGAGAAAGGUAGCUCCCAAGGCCAUGUAAGAGGGGGAGGAAGGCAUCUCAGAGGUGGCAGUGCCAUCAUGUCCAUCAGCACCCAGGAAGAGAAGCCACAGAGAAGAAGCAGUGACCAGAGAGGGAAACAGGAGAAGAUGCCUGCUCCUGAAACAGCCUCCUCACCUCAUCUUCUCCUGUACCCCCUCUCACAAGGCUUUGUGCCCAACUGUGCCAGUUCUCCUGGCUGGCAAUCCUGCUCUGCCAAUGCAGGCAGCCGGCUCUCUGCCCCAGCAUAGAGCACGUCCUUGGGUUUGUCAAACUCAUUUGCUCACUCAUCUCCAUUUGUCUGUGUUGUAGAUUCCUAGGGAUGAAGGAGGGUGUGUGUCCCUCUAAGUAGUAAGAUGGUAGGCUUGGGGCCCUUUGAUUACGUAUCUGCCCAGCUGGAGAGCAGAGAUGGAGAAGGCUGCUGGCACCUUAGCUGAUCUCAAGGUUCCUGUGACUCAUAGCAUUGGGGGUGGCUCACGAAGAUAACAGAGGGCAAGGGGUCCAGGACUGUUGGAGCUCUUUACCCCAUUUCUGAGCUCUAUGGAUGGAGAUCUCAUUUGGAUUGUGGGGCAAGGAGAGGCCCCAGCUAUGAAAGAAGAGGGGGAAGUGGGAGAGCUGAGAGCAGGGGAGGCUGAGCGUUCCCAGUGAGAGUCUUCCCAGUUAGAAAAGAUAGGAGAAGCCAGUUAUUCUUGCCCUGCUGUAUCCAUUAGCUGCACAGAGGGUACUGGGCAUUCACAUGUAUUCAGCCCUCCUGAGCACCUUCCAGAAGAAGGGUUACCAGACAGACACAACCACUACUCCCUGGCAGAAUUACCACUUGGUCUCAGACUCUUCCCUAAAAAGAAACACCAUAUAUCUUCAAAAGUGCUGAAUCCUUGCUUUCCUUACAGGUCAGGUGGACAAUGUGCAUCUCUUCCCUCCUUUGUGGAUCAGGGGGUGAUAGGAAAUCAUGUUUGAGAUCACACCAGCAGAGAGGGUCCAGAAGGUGGACCAGGAGAAUCAUCUAUUCCUCUGACCAGAGUCCCAUGGGCUUUCUUGUUUCAGCAAAGGGCAACAAGGGUCUUGGGUACCAGUGUAUCCACACACAUAAUAAUAAAACCCUCCCUCUAAUCUCAGAGAAGAAUGGGCUAAGAGGAGGGGACUUCUCUGACAAAGCCUGAGUUUUCAUUUUCCUAUUUCUAUUGCUUUCAUUGCUGGCAGUUCUACUCUCCAGCUGGGGAGAGGGGCCCUCUGCUGGGGUACUCAUGGAGAUCCAGAGAUGGUUUUGGUUGGAGCAAGGGACAGACCAAGCUAUUCUUUGUGUAGGGAGAAGGCACCAGCUCCACUCCUGCAGCUCUCCCAGGCAGCAUCCCAAGCCCAGGGACCCCUGCUGAAACCACCAUAAUAAAGCUCAGUCCUGAACUGAACCAACCCAUCACCCGGCUCUGGAAUGAAAGUGGUGCUGUGAGGGGGAGCCUGGGUGCACUAGUUGGGGUUAUAUGCAGAUGUGGGCAGUUCAGCUCCAGAGAAAUAAAAGAAUCACUCCUCGGCCACUCUUUUCUUCCACCUCCCUUCAGCCAACUUCACUCUUGGCCACCUCAUCCCCUCCAAUCUGAGAAGACAUGGUAAGUAGUCGUCUGUUUCCUACACUUUUCUCUCUCUCACUCUCCUUCUCUCCUAAUUCCAGCCAAGGGUUAUUCCCAUUGUAUUCUUUCCACUAGUGAAUGCCAGUGGGAUCUGAACCCAGAAUCUCUGGCUGCUGCCACCCCCAAGACUGUGAGGAUGCCACUCUGGCCGUGAGACUGACUUAUUAUUAGUCCUUAUCCUCCCCAUAAGUGUAGCCAGGCUAAGACUGGUAUGUCCACUGACACCAAGGGCCCUGACCUGAAGCAGAGGGCAGCUCUAGGGGUGCAGUGGGGCCUGGCCCUAAAUGUGUGUAUGCCUGUGCAUUGGACACACUGGUUUAUUAGUGUUAUUUCAGCAUUGUGAUGCAGAGAGAGUAAGUGUAACAGCUGCUCCUUGCUUGCAGUGUUUAUUGUUACCUAGAGACAACCUCCUGGCUUUUUCCCAGCUCCCCCUCCCCCCUACCCAACCCCCCUCCCUGCCAACAGUCCUACUCUCCCCACACUGAUGGGAAAUUUAUAGCUUGCCCAUACCAUGCCUUUAACCCUCUCCUGUCCAUAGGGUAGGUGGGGUGAGGGAAGCCAAACUGAGAGUGGGCAUGCUUGGGCCUCAGAAGGGUAGAAUAGGCUGUGGAGAUGGGAGGGAGGAAGGAAGAGAAGACACCUCAUUUCCCCAGUCUGUGUGUCGAGACUUAGGCCCCAGUUGCCCUCCUGGCUCUCAUGUUGAGAGAAAAGAGCUUUUCUGAUACCCCCAGUUGGGCUGUCUGGUCCUGAGCAAGUACAGAGAAGUAUUGAAACAGAAGGAGGAAAUACAGAGUGGGAGAACCCCCAGCUCCCACCUUUCUAUAGAGAUGUUACACUGAGACAAACAAGAGGCCAUGGCAUGAGGGAUGCUGGCCAGACGUCCGCGCUACGAAGGUGUCAAACAUGAAUCUGGUUGCAGAGUCUGAUGGGAAAAACUGCCCACCUUAAUUUUCACCCUGAGCCCAGCACUAGGGUCCUUGGGGGGUGCCAGGCCAUCCUCUAAGCUGGUCUCCUUGGUUUGGUUAAGCUAUUCCUUUCUGCUUUUCUUCCUGGUCCUUUUUCUUUCUUGAACAGUGUUACUUUUCUGGGGUUCCUACAGAUGUGGUCCUCCAUGCAAUUUUCACACACUACACCCCUCUUCAGUCCUUCUAAAUGUAUGUGUGGUGGUUAAAUUGCAUGUUUUGGAAGCUGACAGCCUUGUGUUCCAGUGCCAGCUUUGCCCUUUACCAGCUGUACUACCUUGGUAAAUCACUUAGCCUCUUUGAGUCCUCCUUUUUCCUUGUCUGUGAAAUACAAAUAAACAAUCUUUUAAGGUUUUGGAGAGAAUUUAGUGAAAUAAUGUGGGUAAAGCCUCAUGCCUGAUACUCAAUAGGUGCUCAGUCAACGGUGGUCGAUGCAAAAGAGCAUUUUACUUUUGUGGAAUCAACAGAGCUGACGUUGCUUCAAGACUCCAUGAGUCCCCUCAAAUUAUAGGCCAAAUUUGUGUAUGUUCAUAUGCUGGGAAGAAUUUCCAGGUUUCUUCAGGGUGUGGAGCAAGAGGUGGCAGUCUCCUGGAAAGGAAGUAGUCCCAAUGCCUUGACUCAGUCUCCCUAAGAAGUCAGUUCCCCUGUUCCCAUCUUUUAAACCAGGAGUGCCUUCGGCAGUGCACUGCCUGGAAGUGCAGCUUCAUCUAGGAUGGAGCUGGGAGAGAGCCAUUAGGAGAGCAGUACCUGUCCUUUGCCAGGUACUUUAGUUUGCCAAGUACAUUACUUUCAUUAGCUCUUUCAAUACCUAGAACAUCCCAGUGAAGUGAAGAAAACUACCAUUUAUUGAGUGCCUACUAUGUUCCAGACAUUGUGCUGGGUGUAUUUUUUUAUGUUUAUUUAGAGUAGUUCAUCACCUAGAUAUGCCAUGAUUUACAAGACUCAUCCUCUAUUUUUAAUCUUUAGUUAUUGUUACUGUUAACAGUGCCACAAUGAAUGUCCUAACACAUAAAGCUUUAUGCAUUUUUUUAACAGUAAAUUACAAGAAGUAGAAUUAUUGGGUCAGCAGAUACAAAUAACCCUUCUUCCCCAUGGUUAUGAUUAUUCUAUUGAUGUACCCUAAUGAGAAUAAUAUUUCCUAAUCUUCCUCUUUGGAAUUCUACAGUAGAAGCACAAGUGGGCAGUCCUUUCUCCCUCCUAUACCCAGCAGAGACAUUAAUAAUCUAUCAUGGUUUUUUUUUUCAAUUGAGGUAAUUGUAGAUUCAUAUGCAGUUGUAAGAAAUAAUAUGAGAGAUCCCUUGUAUAUUUUUCCCACUUUCACCCAAUGGUAAUAUUUUGCAAAAUUAUAGUAUAAUUAUUACAACCAGAAUGUUGUAGAGACUGUAGACUACCUCUAUAGUCAAGAUACCGCAUAGUUCCAGCACCACAAGGAUUCCUCAUGUUGCUCUUUUAUAAUCGUGCCUACUUUAACCCCUCCUUAACCAUUGACAACAGCUAGUCUAUCCUCCACUUCUGAAAUUUUGUCAUUUCAAAAACUGAGUCGUGCUAUGUAGCUUUUUAGAAUUGGCUUUUUUCACUCAGCAUAAUUCCCUGGAGGUCCAUCCAAGUUUUUGUAUAUAUCAAUAGUUUGUUCCUUUUAUGUAGUUCAUAGUUUGGAUGUGCCACAAUUUGUUAACCAUUCACAUGUUAAAGGAUACUUUGUACUCACUAGCAAUUAAUGAAGUAGUUCAUUUUA